AUGAACGAUCUCUGGAAAGCGAACCGAGACGAGGCACUCAAAGCCGUCGAACCCCUCGCGGUCCGUGUCCGACCCGCAUCCCUCGAUCAGAUCGUCGGACAAACCCACCUCCUCGAUCCCGGCAAACUCCUCCGCCGAAUGAUCGACGCCGACACCCUCACCUCCGUCAUCCUCCACGGCCCCCCCGGCACUGGAAAGACCACCCUCGCCGAAGUCAUCGCCAAAGCAACCUCGCGUAGAUUCGUCCGCGAGAACGCCGCGUCCGUCGGAGUGAAGCGAAUCCGCGAGAUCAUCGACGACGCGUCACGCAUCCUCUCCGACCAGGACAAACGCACGAUCCUGUUCCUCGACGAGAUCCAUCGCUUCUCCAAAUCCCAGCAGGACGUCCUGCUCGCCGACGUCGAGCGCGGACUCAUCACUCUUAUUGGCGCGACCACAGAGAACCCACUCUUCGCCGUCAACUCGGCGCUGAUCUCGCGCUCCACCCUCUUCCGCCUCGAAUCACUCAACGAAGAAGAAACCAAACAACUCAUCCGCAACGCGAUCGAGAACCCCCGCGCCUUCCCGGAUCACACGAUCACCAUCACCGACGACGCGCUCCGAGUCUGGGCGCUCAAAUCCGAAGGCGACGCGCGCCGUGCCCUCACCGCUUUGGAAGUCGCCGUGCUCUCAAGCUCGCCAGGUGAAGUCCACAUCGAUCAGCAACUCGCCGAGGACUCCAUCCAACAAAAAGUCGCGACCUACGGCGACGACGGCCACUACGACACCAUCUCCGCGAUGAUCAAAUCCGUGCGAGGUUCCGACCCCGACGCCGCGAUCUACUGGAUCGCGCGGAUGCUAGACGCCGGAGAAGACCCCCGAUUCAUCGCGCGCCGGCUCGCGAUCCUCGCGUCCGAAGACAUCGGCAACGCCGACCCACGCGGGAUCAUGAUCGCCCAAGCCGCGUGGGACCUCGUCGAACGCAUCGGUAUGCCCGAAGCACGCAUCACGCUCGCGCAGUGCGCCACCUACCUCGCGUGCGCCCCCAAAUCCAACGCCGCGUACGUCGCGAUCGACGCCGCGCUCGAUGAUGUCCGCAAAGACCGCGUCAUCCCCGUCCCCAUCUACCUCCGCGACGGGAACACCUCACCACGCUCAGACAUCGACGGCUCAGGAAAGCGCGUCCGCGACCUCGAAACCGAAAAAUACCAAUACUCCCACAACGCCGACAACCAACUCACCGGCCAAGACUAUCUCGGAGUCCCCAAACGCUACUACGAACCCAAAGACAUCGGCUCCGAAAAGAUCCUCAAACAGUUCCUCGAACAAGCCCGCGCCUCAAAGUCCACUCAAUAA